CCUGCUGCAAGAAAUAUUUGUGACACGUUCGAGCUCGAACCGAUGCCUUCAAAGAAAGAUGAAGCUCAAGAUUCUGUAGGGUAUAUUCUAGGGAAGUUCGAUGAACUUUAUUCGCCUUACAAGAACGUGACCCACGGUGCAGCCAUCUUUAAUAUGAUGAAACAGCGCGAAGGACAGACCAUUGAUGAAUACGUCAUGGAGCUUCAACUUCAGGCGCAAAAGUGUGAUUUCGGGGAAAAGGCGAGUCGAGUUAUUGGAGACAGAAUCAUUCUUGGUAUUCGAGACAGUGCUCUCCGUGAACGGUUGUUUCGGGAGAGCAACCUCACAUUAGAAAAGACUAUACAGUUUUGCACAGCAGCUGAAAUAUCAAAAAGACACUUGCAGGACAUCGAAAAUACGAGGAAGAACGACAUCCCGUUAUCUGUCGAUGUGCUACGUCAACAACAAGGACCAUCACCCACAGGGAUACAGUCUGUCCGCCACACGUUCGCCACAAUAUUCAGCUGCUACGCAGCGAUUCUAUCAAGCUUCAAAGUGUCGCUUCAACCAGCAGCAAAGCGGCAACCCACAGGCGAUACCUUGUUCACGCUGUGGACUAGUGCACCGACCGCGACAGUGCCCUGCAUAUGCAACACAUUGUCUCUCGUGUGGAAUAUUUGGACAUUUCGCACGGAUGUGCCGAAAGACAGGACAUUCGGGGUCAAGCCCUCGUCAGGUUGCUGCACUGCAUUACGCCACCGACGAGACAGCGGUGAACAGCGGACUGCUUUUGGAAGUACCCCCAUCAGUGGAAGGAAGUCUCCAGCUGAACUUUUGAUGGGGAGGAGGCUGAGGACAUUGGUGCCAACUUUGUCUUGCAACCUUUCGCCUCGAUUUGACUGUCAGGGCACCCGAAAAGUUUUGCAGCAGCGCCAGUGGCGUCAGCACAUACACGGUGAUUUGAAGACCAAGCCGCUUCGUCCCGUUACUCAAGGCCAGGACGUAUGGUUUCGACACAACAAUAAGUGCUGUUCAGGUACUGUGGCGUGCGCAGGGCCGGGAACGAGGUCAUACAUAAUGAAGUCACAGGACGGCUCUUGGUAUCGUCGCAAUCGUUUUCACAUCAAACCAGCCUUCCGAUCAACAGCGAAUGACUACAACUUAGGUGAUGAUACAUCAAACGAACAAGUUGAAGAUGAACAGCGUGCUGUGCAUGAGGAACCAGCGUCUGUUGUGCACACAGAUACUGAACUCUGCAGGGAUGAAACGCGGAGUCAAGGUGGAUACGUUACUCGCAGUGGUCGUUUGAGUGUACCACCUGCAAGAUACCAAAGUGCAUUUUGAAUGGUUGCUCAAUAUAUCCAUAAUCGCUUUGUUUUUGAAAUUGUGUAUUGCUUAGUUUUAACCACUGUGCUUUCCAAUGUUGUUUUGCUGUCCUUCUCACUGUUGUUGGUCUAGUGUUUGUUAUUACUGUUUGAAUUAGCGUUCGAAAGAUUGUGAAAGCUUGCCUUGUUACAAAAAGAA